GUCAAAAGUUGCAAUAACUAUCAAGAUCACAUUGUUAUAAUGAAUCCUUGUCAAUUGUCAUGUACCCCCAACCUCCUAAAAGGCAAUAAUUCUACUUCCUCCUUCCAUCUAGUUGGUUCUUGUUUUCCAUCUUCACGAUGAAGAAGAGCAAUUCUACAUCUCUUGGUUUAAAAGUAACAUACCCUAAGCGCAGAGAUGCGAUUGUGAAGAAAGCCACAGAGCUAUCUCUUCUAUGUGGCACAAAUGUUGGUCUCAUUUUGUUCUCCCCCAAGGGAAAAUUGACUAGCUUUGCUACCCAUGGAAGGAUUGAGGAUAUCUUUCUUCAAUACAUCGAGCAAUCUAAUGAACUCCGCAAAGGCUGUGUAUCCACAAAUCAGGCAAACUUGCACCAACCUCUGAAGCAACUGAAAAGGGAAAGAGAAAUGUUGGAAAAACUGGAAAGGAUCGAGACUCUGGAGGGGAAACUACAACAACUCAACCAGCAGCAGCGGGAAAAGCAAGACAAGAUGAAGUGUUACAACUAUGAAAUGCAUAAGGUGAGUUCAACCAGUGAGGCCUUACUACAUCAGCAAUUCCUCACUAAAGCAAUUCACAAUGUUGAACAUCUUAAGGCAAAGAUGAUCAACAUGGAGGAAGAACAGUCGCAGAACCUAAAGAGCAUCGAGGUCGCUGAUGUAGAUAGUGAAGAGUUUGAUGAUUUGCUAACAUGGGGGGAAUAUAUGAAUUCUGAAAAGAACAGGAAUGAAGUUAUAGAGAGAAACCAAAAUGGAGGAACAAGUGGACCACAUUUGAGCCUUGAAUUCCUAACAAAGCAAAAGCAGUGGAAUCUAAAUACCAGCUCAGCAAAAAUCCCCAACAAAAGAGUUUGACAAUCCAAAUAUAUUAGCUGGGGAUUUUCCAUCUCUAAUUAUCAAUUUACCACUCCAAUUGGAGUCAUGUAAUUCCAAUUCGAGCCAUGUUGGUGAAAGCUUAAUUCGGAUUUUUUUUAUUUGCAACUUUUUGAUCCAACCUUGGGGGGAAAUUACUUCUUGCAUUCCGUUGAUGCUUGAUUAAAUUAUUUAUUUCUCAUCAAUAAUGAGCCCCUCAGAAUAUAGAUACUUGUGUUAU